UAGGUAAACCAAACACCCCUAUAUCUCAAACUCAACCGUUGAUGGUAGUCAACAGUUCAUAUCAUCCUCGCUCUCGGUUACCCACUCCCCUGUUACCUUUCCUUUCAAUCUCUCUUCUCAAAUCUCUCUCUCUUCCGUUUCAUUUUUGCCAACGAUCCCUUCCAUCAUGGGGACUCAAUCACUCAAUAAGAGGUCCAGCAAGAGCAAGCGAUCAACCUCCAAGCCAGACAUUCUCAUGCCGCCGUCUCAAACUUCUCAUCUCACUUUCAAGAAAGUGCCCUUGUUUGUUUUAUUAGUUAUGGCCUUUGGUGGUUUCGCUCUGUUGGGCAUUUCAUCGAUCAUGUGGAGAGCUCCAACAUCCACUGAUCACUUCCCGAAAUUCUAUACAAUUCAAGUGGUUAAUGAGUUCCCUCACGACCCCAACGCCUUCACUCAGGGUCUUCUUUAUGCAGGAAAUGAUACAAUAUUCGAGUCAACGGGCCUUUAUGGCGAGUCAUCAGUUCGGAGGGUUGCUCUUCACUCUGGGAAGGUUGAGGUUAUUCUGAAGAUGGAUAGAUCUUAUUUUGGGGAAGGUUUAACUCUUCUUGGUGAAAGGCUGUUCCAAGUAACUUGGUUGACAAAAACUGGUUUCAUAUAUGACCGAAAAGAUUUAAGCAAAAUUGAGAAAUUUACUCAUCAGAUGCGUGAUGGAUGGGGACUGGCAACUGAUGGAAAGGUUUUGUUUGGCAGCGAUGGAACUUCAACAUUAUAUCAGCUUGACCCUCAAAAAUUGAAAGUAAUUGCAAAACACGUUGUCAAAUACAAAAAUCAUGAAGUACGCUACCUAAAUGAACUAGAAUUUGUAAAUGGUGAAGUUUGGGCUAAUGUUUGGCAGACUGAUUGCAUUGCAAGAAUCUCACGCAAAGAUGGCACUGUACUUGGAUGGAUUCUUCUUGAAAAUUUAAGGAAGGGAUUGGUAGCAGCUGGACAAACAGGCAUUGAUGUUUUAAAUGGUAUUGCAUGGGAUAGCAAUGACAACCGUCUUUUUGUUACUGGAAAAUUAUGGCCAAAGCUUUAUGAAAUCAAAUUGCAACCCCUAAAGAAACAUGUCAAUAAUGGAGUCAUUAAGCAGCUUUGCUUACCGUAAUCAGCUAUGGCCCAUGAAGAUUUUGACGUGCUGACAUUAAUUCUGAGUUAAACAACUCGGAUGGGGGCUUUUUACUUGCUCAUAUAUGAUAAACUUGCACUUGCAGAGUUGGUUUGCCACACAGGAAAGACAAAUGGAUUGAAGAAUGGCAAUUACUUGAUUCUUUGGGAACUUGUAAGAUUUUUGAGAAGUACCAUUCGCUUGCUUUGAGGAGUUAAUAGAGGGAUGAUGACAGAAUUUAUAGUGAGCCAUCGGCAGUUCAGUUAAAAUUCAAAUGUGCUUGGAGAUAUCUGUAAAAACAUCAACACACAAAACCCUGUCAUGUCUGUCUCUAUGGUACAUGAUGAUACA